AUGAAACAGAGGACACAUGAGACCAACAAGAACAGGACAGGAGGCAAGGCUAAACGUAAGUCCAGUGGCCGUGCCAAGAAGACUUCCGUGGAGGAGGACAGCAGCAUUGGUGCAGGUCCGAGAUUACUUCAUGUUGGAGUCUUCUCAGACACCCGGGUGUGGUUUCCGGGAAAGGGAUCUAUCAUUGAGCAGCUGGAGAAGGAGGCUCAGAGGACUCUUAUGCCUUCUCUCAAGAUUGAGACAUGCUGUGCCCCAAUCCUCCUCUCCUUCCUGAGGAGUCUAACUGAUGACCAAUGGAGAGUGAUUCAGCAUGGCAUGAAAAAUAACCUCACAUUCGAGCAGCUCUCCAUGCUGUGUCUGAAGAUUGUUAAAGUCGUGACCCAGACAGCCCUCCGCAUUCUCCUACCAGCGCUAGCUCGUAUCAUGGGGGUGAACCUGAGGAGUGGGGCAACCUCCCCAGAAUCCCAGUGCUCUCUGACAGGGUCUGAGGAUUCCUUAGGCAGUCUGGAUGAGAGAGAGAAAAGGCUGCUGACCAGUGAGAUGAACUACUGGACUAAGGAGAGGAGGAGGAAUGGCAGUGCAGGGUGCCGCCAUAAAUCCACUCGCAGAACCUCAUCACCAUGCUGUUCGCCUAAGAGGUCCCAGACCUCAUUGCAGAGCUUGCCUGCAACUAGAGAGGCUCCCCUCAUGGAGGAGCCUCUAAAGGCUCUUUUUGGGGUAACGGAAGAGAGCCUCCUGAUAUCCCUGGUUGAGGGUCACUCCAACCCCACCUCCUCCAGCUCCUCCGAUUUGAGCUGUGCUAUCGUGGAGAGAGGUAGUACACCAGCUUAA